AUGCCUUCAAAGUCACCGGACCACCUACCAUGGAGGAUCAAGCUCUUCGUCUCCACUCUCUCUUACGCUGUGGAUUUCACUCGCCGCUCUGAUGGUUCUAUCAAUCGCCGCCUCAUGAGCUGGUUCGACCCAAGAACCUCUCCCUCGCCCAGCAAGCCCAUUAAUGGAGGCAAAUCCAUGGAUAUCACUGUGGACAAAACUCGAAACAUUUGGUUCCGCCUCUAUAAUCCUACCACCACUACCACAACCACCGCUGAUGACAACGACAUGCCAGUUAUUUUCUACUUCCACGGUGGUGGGUUUUCAUACUUUGCGCCCAGUUCAAAACCCUUUGAUGAUUUUUGCUAUAACCUUGCCCGCGAAUUGCAGGCAGUCAUCAUCUCUGUCAACUACAGGCUGGCUCCAGAGUAUCGAUAUCCAUGUCAAUACGAAGAUUGUUUGGAUGCUAUGAAAUUUAUUGAUGACACAAAACUUGAAGAAAUUCCAAGUGAAGCCAAUCUGAGACAGUGUUUCCUUGCUGGAGACAGUGCAGGCGGCAAUUUGGCUCAUCAUGUUGCCGUAAGAGCUAGUGAAUAUGAGUUUUCCAAUAUAAAACUCAUAGGGUUUAUGGCCAUACAACCAUAUUUUGGAGGGGAAGAACGCACUGAAUCCGAGAUUAAGCUUGAAGGAGCCCCAUUUAUUACAACAAAGCGUACAGACUUGGUAUGGAGAACGUUUUUGCCAGAGGGGUCAAACCGUGACCAUCAAGCGUCUAACGUUUUUGGUCCAAACGCGGUUGACAUUUCAAGGCUCGACAGGUUUCCCCCAACAAUUGUCUUUGUUGGAGGAUUCGAUCCUCUUCAAGAUUGGCAAAAGUCGUACUACGAGGGGUUGAAGAAAUCUGGAAAAGAAGCGUUUCUGAUUGAGUAUCCCAAUGCAAUCCAUUCGUUUUAUGCUUUUCCUGAGCUGCCUGAAUUUUCCUUGUUCAUGAAGGAGGUGAAGGGUUUUAUGCAAAACAGAAUCCAUGGCGCAAAUUAA